GGAGCGCACUGACACUAGAUUGCGCGGCUACCAGAGACCAGUUGUGAGUCAAGUUGAGGUGUGUUCCGUGAGAAUAGACUAUACCGUAGUGAGUGGACAUGGCCAACAACCGAGCAACCAAGUCUGGAUUUGCUGCUGAGGCACAGCGGAAAAUAAACAGCAAGUACAGUGAAGAGUUGGCCCAAGAGAGUCUGGAGUGGGUGAGGGCUAUCACGAAUGAAGACUUCAAUACAAGUGGAGAUGUGGACAACUUUUACGAAACAUUAAAAGAUGGCCAAUUAUUGUGUAGAUUGGUUAACAUAAUGAAACCUGGGUCAGUCAAGAAAAUUAACCAGAGCACAAUGGCAUUCAAAUGUAUGGAAAAUAUAAAUGCUUUCUUAGAAAUAGCUCGUCAAAUGGGAGUCCCAGCUCAAGAAACAUUCCAGACAGUGGACUUGUGGGAGAGACAAAACCUCAACUCUGUUGUCAUUUGUUUACAGUCACUGGGCAGAAAGGGAUCACAGUUUGGACAACCUAGCAUCGGUCCGAAGGAAGCAGAGAAGAAUGUUCGCAACUUCACAGAGGAACAGUUGAAGGCAGGACAGGGGGUGAUCAGCUUACAGUAUGGCAGCAACAAGGGUGCCACCCAGAGUGGCAUCAACUUUGGCAACACUCGGCACAUGUAACCACUGCUGGCAAUGUUGUUUGUGUAAAUAUUGUUAUGGACAUUCCAAUACAAGAUGAUACUGAAUGAAAAACUAUUAGAACAUACUUGUUAUGUGUAUAAUUUAUGUUAUUUGGAUACUUUUUGGAAUUCAGGACAUUUCCUUUGUCUUGUUAGCAAAGAAUAAGAAAUUACAACUUAAGACAUACAUGUUCCAUUCCAUUUAGUUUUAUGAAGGAAAACAUUCCAUUUUAUCUUAAAUGUCACACUUGUCAUUUUUAUUAUUUUAGACUUAAGAAUAAAUAACGUUUAUGGUGCUACAAUAGUAUGGCUUGUUGGAUUUUCAUUGAUUGAAGCCUUGUUACAGAGACUUAAUGAAAUAGAUUUUAAUAUGAAAGUAUUAAUUAAAUAAAGUUUAUUUUAAUACUGCAA